GCGCGCGCGCGCGCGCAAUCGCCCUCCUCCGCAUAUGUGCAUGUUUGUGCUGGGGAUAUUUACGUGUGAAUGAAGGGGACAGGUGUUGCGCUUAAUUAGCCCCAUACAGCACGUAGGAUUUAUAGAGCAUUCAAACAUGAUGAAAUUACUCAUCAACAACGCACCCAAAGCAACUGUUAUGUCUCGGAUCAGAUCACGUUGCCGCUGGCAACCACCGAGGACCACUGCUUGUUGGAUCAAUAGCUAGACAGUUGGAACUAUAGCACCAGCAGCGGCACGUAACAGCAUUGUGUAUGGCAGCAUUCUCAUGACAAGAUGUCGACACCGAAACCGAUUCUCAAUGCGGAAAAUUUGGCGCUAACCAAUAAAAAGAUUGGCGAGCUGAAGAAGAAGGUAAUGCUGGCAGAGGGGCAGAAGAAAGCGUACACUGAGGAGUGGAAUGACAAGCGGAAGGCCCAGAACGACCGGAUGGCCGAACUCCGCAAGGAAGUGCGGGAGUUGACGAACAAGUUGUCCUACCUACACAACCCCAACAGUGCGAAGGCACAGAAGAAUGUGCAGGAGAUAAAGCGGCGCCUGCACUUACCACCGGGCGCGAAGUCGAUCUCGGGCGCGCUGCAGAUCGUCGAUCUGAAGAUCAUCGACCUGCACAAGCAGACCGAUGUAGUAGAGGAUCGGAUUCGAAAGCGGGAUAACAGUCUCAAGCGGCUGGUCGAGCACUAUCACACGUUGAUCGGCUACCGUGACGCAAAGAGCGAUGGCUCGAAUCCGCCCGAGACGGUCGAGGAGGAUGCAAACCGAAAACUAAUCACGCGGCUAGAGAACGAGAUCCAUCGAACGACGGUGCAGUGGAUGGAAGCGGAACAUAUCCGGAAGAAGUACCGUGGCAUCAAGUCGUCGCUGAUGCACGACGCGGAGAAGUUCGAGAGCUCGCUACUCGACUUGGAGCAUGCUAUUACGGAGCAACAGGCCGAGAUCAACAAGCUGGAAGAAGUGCACAAGGAGGCUGUGCAUAUGCGGGACAGUACCAAAACGAUCUUGCAGCGCCAGGAGCAGACGACGCACUACUCUAAUAAGGCUCGUGAGAAGCAAGCGCAAGACUUUCGGCGCCAGGUGGAGGAGCGCAAGCUGGAGCUCGAGCGGUUGGAACGGAAGAUCUUCUCCUCGGGGAAAACUCUCAUCCAUCAGGAAAGCGUACUGUCCGGUUCAGGUGAGCAGGGGCGAGGCGGUGCCAACGGGAUCGGUGACGAUGGUAGCGGAGCUCACGACAAGGACUGCGCCUCGGAGAUGGAGCAGAAGUUCAAAAAACUUAUGCAGGCGACGGGUGUGAGUGCUGCGGGCGAGGUAGUGGACCGAUUCCUGGCCCAACGUGAAGCCUCGGCCCGACUAACGUAUCUGCGCACGGUGACGGAAAACGAGAAAAAGCAGCUGGAGGCACAACGGGAACUUAUGAAGGCCCAGCUCGAUGCCUUUAAGUUUGCGGAUGUCAAGGAUAGCGAUGUCAAUCAGGAGGAGCUGGAAAAAAUCAAGAAUUCUAUCGAGGAACAGAAGCAGCGACGGGAGGAAUGUGAAAAGGCGAUCGACUACACGCGCAAUGUGUUCAACACUAUCAAGGAUGCGCUGAUCGAGCUGCUGUUGAAGCUGCGCGAGAUCGAGGAAAGCUUGGACGUAGCCUACGGAAGCCGCCGUGUGACGUUGAAACCUCCUGAGAUCAAGGACAUUGCUUCGGGCCGGAUGGCCGUUGAGGAGCUGGGUAGUUUGUUGGAGGAGCGCAUUAAGCUAGGACUGAUCGCUAGCGGACAGUUGGCGGUCGACCUCGACAGUGGACUUUCUGAGGACGAUGAGGAUAGGGGUGUCUCUGGUGUUCCAUCGACAUCAGCGGCGAGCUCGAUUGCGCAGCAACAACAGCUCGCGCCCGCUACAGCCGGCCCCAGUCCAGCUGGUGGUACUAGCAGCAGUGUUAUGUCUACUUCUUCACCGGCCGAAGAUCGAGAAAAGCCUCCCGCAUAUCCACCGGUGUAUAUGAACUUAAUAGCAGGCCGCACCACCGCACAGAUCUCUUCCGCCUCACCGGGCCAGGGCACCACAGUGGUGCUUUCAGAUGACGAGGGGGACGUUCCAUCGCGUAGCUAUCUGAAACGACAGGCAAACAUGAUAAUCGAGGCAAAAUCGCGUCGUAAAGGGUUUCGCAUGCCAGUUCCCAAACGGCGCUAGAGGACUCGUGCGACGAAUGCAAAGUAUUCGUCUACUUACAACUGGAGGAACCAUACCUUCACCCUUUUUUUUUUAAACCAACUAAAUGAAGCUACUUUGGAAUGUAUUUCGACGAAAAGAAAUCACGUAACAUAAAUUUCCACUGAGAACACAUUUCGUUUAUUACAUUACAUUAGUUCAUUAGUUUCGUUUCGUAUGAUCGUUCUUCUGCAAGAAAUUAAUUCCCCUGAUGGAAAAAAUAGCGCUCUACAACAGAUACGCGUAAACGGGUUUAUCGAGGAAUAUUGGUUUUUUCGUUUUUCCGCAAGGAAAAGAGAUCGCUGGAUGUGUGUAUGAUGAAUUAUAAACCUAUUAAACGAAAAAUGAAAACUAACUUCGGAAUAGUACAUCGAAUGGCAGAUUCUUCAACUUGAAUUGCUCUAAUGAAAAGGAAACA